UUCCAUUUGCCUAGACUUAUCUUCUUCGGCAGAAGUCGAGCUUUGAACUUUUUUAAUCCACUAUCACGAUUAAUUCGAGAAAUUCCAGCAAAAAAAUGGCUCUGUCUAUGGGGUUUCUCUCUGGAUUCGUGAUCCGAGAAACAACAUCUUUCUUCAAGCCGCCGGUCACGGCGUCUUCGGUCAGGACCGCGCCUUCGCUUCCUAACUUGCAGACUUCGCGCGCGGUGGCCGUCUCCGCCUCUUCUAAGCCGUCCGCGGAGACGAAGAAGCCCGGCUUACGAGGUAUAAUGAAGCCGCGCCGUGUCUCGCCGGAAAUGCAGGCUUUCCUAGGCGGAGUUUCGGAAAUUCCCCGCACUCAAAUUAUCAAGGCGGUUUGGGAUCACAUUAAAAAGCACGACCUUCAGGACCCCACAAACAAGAAGAUUGUCGUGUGCGAUGAAAAGUUGAAGAAAAUUUUUGGCGGGAGGGAUCGGGUUGGGUUUCUUGAAAUUGCUGGACUGAUUGCUCCUCAUCUUCUUUAAGUAAUUUGAAAAGAGAUGUCAUAUUUUUUUGUAAAGGGAGAUGUUGGUGGAUUAUGCAGAAAUGUGUUCCUUGGAGUUAGAAAUCCCUUGUAUCAGCUUCAUGGUUG